AUUGGCUUGUAAAAGAGACAGGAAAUUGUGAGGUGAAAUUUGGAGACGCGGGAAACUCUUGACAAGUUUACAGGGAUAUUGGAUAUGGGUAAUUUCACUGCAUGAACUCCAACCAGGCCAAACUACUUUAAGUCACACACUUUACGGUUCGGUGUGUGUCUAAAAGUAGCCUAAACAAUGGCAGCACUACGUCAGCACCUAGGGUAUGAAGAUGAAAAGUUGCAGCGCGUGAUGGAGAGGUUGCCUUGCAGAGAUGUCCAGGCGAGCAUGCUGCUGGCGUUGAUGGGAGAGCCAGAGCAAUGCAGCUACCCUUCCAUUUUCAUUUAUGGUCAUCGUGCCACAGGAAAAAGCCAUGUGAUUCACACCUUGCUGAAGGAACUGGAGCUUCCCUAUGCCACAGUGAGCUGUGUGGAAUGUGUCUCUGUAGGACUGCUGUUUGAGCAGGUUCUCCUCUCCCUCUUUGGCUCCGACUCUGCCUCCCUACUGUCCCGCAGUCCCUCCCUGUCAGACUUCGUACGAGUCUACAAACAACUGUGUGUCCAGGCCUCAGCCAAGCAGACACGAUACAUUGUGCUGGACCGGGCUGAGCUCCUUAGAGAUAUGGAAGCCAAUCUCCUCCCUGCCUUCUUGCGCCUUCAGGAACUGGUCGAUGACAAUGUGAUGGUGAUCCUGCUCAGUGAGAUAGUGUGGGAUAAGUUCCGACCCAACACUGGAUGCUUUGAACCACUGCUGCUCCACUUCCCUGACUACAGUAAAGGGGAGCUGCAGCAGAUCCUGUCUGAGGACAGCCACCCGUCCUACUCCCCAGAGCUCUACUCAGCCUUCAUCAACAUUCUACUGGGAGUCUUCUACUCCGUCUGCAGGGACCUCCGAGAGCUCAGACACCUGGCUGCCCUCAAUUUCUCUAAAUUCAUUGAACCUUUGGAGCAAGGCAAAGUGAAAGAGAGUGACACUCACAAGCUGUGGAGGAACAUCGAGCCUCACCUGAAGAAGGCCAUGCAGACGGUGUACCUGCGAGAGGUGUCCAGUGUGCAGUGGGAGCAACAGCUGCAGAUGGAGGAGAAGGAGGCAGGAGCUGUGAGAGGUCUGUCUGCUCAUGCCCAUGUGGAGUUGCCUUACUACUCAAAGUUCCUGCUGAUAGCUGCAUACCUGGCCUCCUACAACCCUGCUCGCACUGACAAACGCUUCUUCCUCAAGCACCAUGGCAAAAUAAAAAAGACCAACUUUUUGAAGAAACAUGAAAAGACCAGUAAUCACCUGCUGGGGCCCAAGCCGUUCCCUCUGGACCGUCUCCUGGCCAUUUUCUACAGUGUGGUGGACAGCAGAGUGGCCCCCACCGCCAGUGUUUUCUGUCAGAUCUCCUCCCUGGUGACCCUUCAGCUGUUGAAUCAGUUGGGCCACGAUGACCAGCUGGAUGCGCCCAAGUACAAAUGUGCCGUCUCUCUGGACUUCAUCCUCGCCAUCUCCAGGACUGUGAGCUUUGACAUUGUAAAGUACCUGUAUGACUUCCUCUAGCCGUGGUGGUUUAAUGGAGAGGAAUUCAGCUGGACUCUGAUGGAAUGGAAUGUACUGGUGGACAUUGGACAAACAUGAGCAGAAAGGUGGGAGAUGCCUUGGUUGUCUGGACUCCUCACUGUGUGCACUGUGCAGGACCAGAGGGCUAUGGAAUCAUUAGGCCUAUGCUUUACUGCCUCCUGAUGACUGACUGGAACCACUGUCAGACACCAGCAUCUGCAGCAUUGUGAAUGUGCCUAUUGAUUCCCUAGCUACACCUGUUUGAUUGUGGUAAACAAACAAUGAAGAACAUUCGUAUUUUACUGGAUUCACAGGAGCCCUUUGGAUACCUUGGGGUUGUGGUGGACUUCAAUAUUAUUUUUCAAUUAAAUGGCCCAAAAUAAAAAUGUCCCUGUUAACAAAGGUUUCAUAAUUGUGACAGGAUUAUGUUCUCUCCAUGGUCUGACAACUACAGCUAUGCGCAAUAAGAACCUGGUAGAAUGAAGGACUCAUCGAAGACCUCUUUUAAGGUACGAAAUGUAGGGUAUGUAAUAUUUCUACGUUUCCUUCUUUCUGACUCUAGAUCUUGCUUCCCAUGAUGUCAAAUUGUCCCAUUAAUUGCUCUGUUGGUGUAAAUGGCUGUGCUGAUAGUAUGAAAUAAGGUUGGCACAAUAAUCGUGUAAAUAACAAUUAUGGAUAAUAACCGUGAACACAAAAUAAACAUCUUCCAGCGUUUA